AUCUUCACCCUUCGCCGUUUUCGUUCGGCACUUCGACAACACUUAUCCUUCACAGAACCAAAAAUAUGGGAGGUGGUGCUAGAUAUCCAUACCCAAAGCAUGUGUGGUCCCCCGCUGGUGGCUGGUGGACCCGUCCUGCGAAUUGGCGAAGUAACACGGUCAUAACUUUUGCUGGUAUAUUCGCCAUUGCAUACGGAGUCUGGACUGUCAGCGCGGACCGUGAGGUGCGGAACUUGAUUUAUCGUGUUUUGCCGUCGUCCUUAUUUUGCAUUGCUUGAGCAGAUCAGACACAUUCAACCCGACCGACCGAUCCCGUCUAUGAUGUGGGCAAAACAGUAUAAGGACC